GCUCGUUCCCUUCCUUGAAGGCGGUGCCUGCUAGCUACCGGUGGAGAGGGUGGACGUUAUUAUUAUUGUUGUUGUUUGUGGGAAAGUACUGAAAAAGUACAUAAACUACUCUUGCAAAAUGGGAACCAGAGAUGAUGAAUACGACUACUUGUUCAAAGUUGUACUAAUCGGAGACUCUGGAGUGGGGAAGAGUAACCUGCUGUCCCGUUUCACAAGAAAUGAGUUCAACCUGGAGAGCAAGAGCACCAUCGGGGUGGAGUUUGCCACCCGCAGCAUCCAGGUGGACGGCAAGACGAUAAAGGCUCAAAUUUGGGACACAGCUGGACAGGAACGCUACAGAGCAAUCACCUCAGCGUAUUACCGGGGUGCAGUCGGGGCCCUCCUGGUUUACGACAUCGCCAAGCACCUGACGUAUGAGAAUGUCGAACGCUGGCUGAAGGAGCUGAGGGACCACGCUGACAACAACAUCGUCAUCAUGCUGGUUGGAAACAAGAGCGACCUCCGCCACCUCAGGGCAGUGCCCACCGAUGAGGCUCGAGCCUUUUCAGAAAAACACACUCUCUCAUUUAUUGAAACCUCAGCCUUGGACUCCACUAAUGUAGAAGAAGCCUUUAAGAACAUUCUGACAGAAAUCUACCGUAUUGUAUCUCAGAAGCAAAUAUCUGACAGAUCUACACAUGAUGAUUCUCCAGGAAACAACGUAGUGGACAUAAGUGUCCCCCCAACCAUGGACGGGCAGAGGGGCAACAAACUCCCCUGCUGUCAAAGCCUGUGAUAUUUGUCUUUUCUUUUCCUGUUUGACUUUCUGUCAGUCUUUCUUCACCUUUGCUUUACUUCAGCUGUCAGGCUGCUGUCAACAAAAUACCCUCAUUGUUUCAGAUGUCUCUGAUCUAAGACUCUUGUAGCUGACAUUCCUUUGUGCUGGUUUCUUCUUUGUUUUUCAUUGUUCAUUUGUCUUCCUCUGAUUUCUGAAGAGCCUGUGUCCAUAUAAUUUUAUGGCCUCUUGAUAGCGUUGAGAGGGAGGGAGUGUUAUUAUGAGGCUGAUCUCUGAGCUGUAGUAAACUACAAUUACUUUUUAAUGAACUAGCCUUCAUGGUCCUUUUGACCCGCCCCUGUUGAAGGAACGGUGAGGGAUCAGUCUGGCCUGUUUGUCAGUGCUCCAAAUGGUUUCUGCUUGCCUCCUUUUCUCAGCCUGCAAUGAUUCAGACUUAUGAUAUGAUCUGCUACUGUGGAAUCCCAGUUUCAAGUCUGGUUGACCUGGUUCUGCCUAUCAUGCAGUACGGGUGUAGAGGAUUAGUUGAGAACAAGGUAAUGCAUCAGUACUUUGGAGCACUGAUGCACUUACCUGUCUGGAGUUUCUGGACUUUUCCUCUCUGAGCCAUGUGCACACUGUGGCAUUAAAGUAGAAAGAGCCAGGGACCAGGCUGGCUGUGAGUGUCUGACUUCAUGUGGGCAAGUGUGAAACAAAUGAAGUGUUUGUUUGUGUGUGCAUGUAUGAGUGCGUGUGUGUUUGUGUUAAUCUUAGUGCGCAAAGAUACCAAAGGACACUGAUGCAAUCAAUAUCAGUUUUGGGGUUUCUCAUUUAAGCAUGUUCAGUGCUGCUACAAUUGCAGAUAAUUGCUAAACCAAUCCAGGCUAUUUGUGGGAACAAAGUGUGUUAUAAAUUGUGAUGAGUGGUUUAUUUGGAAAUUAUAGUAUUGGCCUGGAACACUGCUAGUGUCUACCGUCUUUCUUGAGUUGGCUCAGGUCAAACUCUCUUUUAGUAGGCUGCCUCAAAACGAAAAUCUUUCCUGCACUUACGUCCAAAUAUUUCAGUGGAGAAAAAAAAAUCACCUAACAUUUUUAAAUACACUCAUACUCACUUUUAUUACGUAACAUCUUCCUGUUGCUUGUAAGGGAAACAGUGUUGGCUGAAAAGAACAAAAUGCACUAUAUGUUGUGUGGUUUUGUUUUUAAAGCAGUUUUUCCUCGUGUACCUACGCAGCCUUUGCUGUCAUUUGUGAUUUGUGUUGGAUGAGGGGGUGUGUAAUCUGAGAACAUUUUCAAUUUGAAAACACUUUCCCUGAAGCCGGAAACGGUUGUUAGUCGAAAAAAUGGAACUGAAAAUCAGAAAUGCAAAUUGUUUUCAUGGUUGACUGAAAUACCACUUCACCAUCUGGUAGAAAUGCUUUCAUGUGUGACUGAUGAUGAUGAUGAUGCACUGUCUCUUGUGAAAUUUCACAUUUCUUCAAACAACAUGUGUAAAGUCAGCAAACUUGUUUUGCUACAUUUACAUAAUACAGACAAUAUUUAAGCAUAAAUAAACCCAAUUCACAUGA